AUGAAUACACAAUCAACAAAAAUAAUAAAAACAAAACCAACGUCGUCAUUAACCAAUAAAUGUUCUUUUGAUGAUGACUAUGAUGAAGCUACAGAAGAUGAUUUUCGAAUGGAAAAUCAAAUAUAUAUUGAUUGUGAAGAUAAUGAUGAGGAUGAUGAAGAUGAAAGUGAACUUGAAUUUAUAAAUGAAAAUGAACUAAAGUGA